AUGGAUGAGUCAGAGUUGACAGUUGGUGAAACGUUUGUAAUGGGUUCUGGUAACAUUUGGAAUAGACGGCCCCGGGUUCAUGGCCCGCGGCAUCACGUUUCGCAACACGGCGGGUCCCGACAAGGGCCAGGCGGUAGCCCUCCGGUCAGCUCGGACCUCUCAGUCUCCUAUGCAUGUGCGUUCGAGGGCUACCAGGACACCCUUUACAUCCAAUCACAACGCCAGUUCUACAAGUCGUGCCUCGUCUACGGCACCAUAGACAUCAUCUUCGGCAAUGCGGCCGCCGUCCUCCAGAACUGCGUCAUCUACGUCCGCCAGCCCCUCCCGGGCCAGGCCAACAUGGUCACCGCUCAGGGGCGGGGUGACCCAUUCCAGAAUACGGGCACAUCCAUCCACCAGUGUCGGGUCGUGGCCGGCCCGGACCUGAAGCCCGGCUCCGGCUCCGGCUCGUUCAGGACGUAUUUGGGUCGGCCGUGGCAACAGUACUCAAGGACUGUGGUCAUGAAGUCUUAUCUCGAUGAGGUGGUGGCGCCUGAGGGAUGGUCCGCUUGGGGUGACUCGGAUUUUGCCCUGACCAGUUUGUAUUAUUGGGAGUACAGGAACUUCGGGCUGGGGGCGGACACGAGGGGUCGGGUUAGCUGGCCCGGUUACCGUGGGAAUAUGAGCGCGGAGGAGGCAACCCGGUGCUCGGUGGCGGGACUUAUUGCGGGCCAGGAGUGGCUGCCGGAGACAGGCGUGCCUUUCACUGCCGGGCUGUGA